AUGAAUUCACUAAUUCCAUUGGUUAUGAUGCCUGAUAAAUCAGUAUCUUGGAAUGAUGCUAUCAAGCAAUUGAAAAUUCAAAAGCGAGUAUGCAAAACCUUCGUCCCAAAAGAGACGAAUAAAGAAUGUUGUGUUUGCAAUUAUAAUCAUUCAGAAAAUGACGUCCCACAUUUUAAUGAAACAUGGAAUUGGAAAAUACACACAGAACAAGAAACUACCGAUUGUUAUGGAGUAUUACCUCAAUCAACUAAACGCUAUUUACGAUGUGAUGUUGAAACAGACCUUGAACAACUUUGUUCUGUAUUGUUGGGUGUAUGGAAUAUGAUUACUCCUGGUCUUAUUAUGCGAAUGAUAGGUGAUAUAGAUAAAACACCAAAUAUCAAAAUACAAAAAGAACUUUUACAAAGUAUUUCUGAUGCUGCUAUUGCAUCUGAUGCAUGGAUUAUUACGAAUGGAUACAAUGAAGAGAGUAUUUCAGAAUUAGUAGGUGAAAUAAUGUACACUUGUGAAAUGAAUAAUUCUCAUAGAAACUUCAGCGCAAUUGCUGUUGGUAAAUGGGGGAACAUUAAUGGUCGUCAUAAACUUGACGAAAGCACAUCGUCAACAACACACAAAGGUCAUGGACGAUACAAACUAGAAUUAAAUCAUACAGAAUACAUCUUUUUUGAUGAUGGUACAUGUGAUUCAUUGGAUACAGGUGAAUUUGCUUCAAACUUCGCUCGACAAAUAUCAAGUGGUGGAAGACGAAGAAUACCAUUAAUUACUUUACUCAUCGGUGGUACUCCUCAUUCACUUUCAUCCAUAUACACUGAUUUGAAAAAAUCAAUUCCAGUUGUAGUUGUUAACGGAUGUGGAUCAUUGGCUGAUACAUUAUAUAAAUAUCUGAAGUUAACUGAGAGUUCCUAUCAAUCGUUAAAAGAUAAAAAUCAGAACAGUGUUAGUCUUGAUGAAUCAUUUAAUGCCUCUGAAGAUGAUUUAGAUAUACCAACAAUUAAUGAAACAUUUGCAGAAGAUGAUGAUGAUGAUGAAACUAAAGUUUUAUCAACUAGCAGAACAACGAAAGACAUGUUACGGCUACUUGGCAAAUCUCGUCGCGAUUUUAUUAAAGAUGUACGAGAACUUUAUUACAAUGGACGAAAGGAAAACUAUGAAACUCAAGGUAAAAGAUUACCUGUCGGUGAACUAUUAAGUUUGGAGGAAGAAAAAGCUCUUGGAAAAUAUUUAUAUCAAAUGGCGAGUUGUUUAAAUGCUCCUCUUCGAGAUAAAAUUCGUUUUUUCGACGUUGACUCAUCAAAAUCUCUAAAGGAAACAAUUUACUAUGCAUUUGUACAAGCAAGCGAUAAUCUUUCACAGGAAAAGAAAAAAUAUCAUAAAACUAUCGAUGAACAAUUACAUUUGGCACUUCGAUGGUGUAUUGGUGACACAACUGAAAAUCAAUCAGCGACUAUUACAAAGAUUUGGAAUGAUACCAAUAAAAUUAAAGACAAUCGAUCGUGUUUGAUUAAUGCACUUAGCAAAAAUAUGUUAAUGUUCGUUAUGAAUAUUAUGAAACUCGAUAUUGAUUUAGCUAUUUUAUUUCGUUCUACUGAUAAUUCAUUAACAAAAAUUGGUACACAUUGGUCUGAUAAAAAUCAUUAUUUACAUGAAUUAUAUUUGGAUAAAAACCGCAAAAAUAAUGAUCCAUUGUAUUUACUGGAUCACAUCAAUUCGGAAAACAAUUUUACAAAAGAAGAUUUAGUAACUGUUUUAAAAUACCUAGUAGGUGAUUUUAUGCCUUCAUUGUAUGAUAGUCAAUCACAUACUAAAUUGAUGUCAUCAGAAACAGAGAAACUUAAUGAUAAAGAGAAUACAGAUGCUGAAUAUAUUUAUCGUGAUAUUUUUCUUUGGUGUAUAUUAACCUAUCGUCUUGAUAUGGCUAAAAUCUUUUUAAGUCAAAUGAAAACUCGUAUUUGUUCGGCACUGAUUGCUUCGAAAAUUCUUAAAUCAUUCGCAGAUUAUGCACCGGAUCAAGCUGCAAAAGAUAUAUUGUUUGCCAAAGCGAAUGAUUUUGAAACUCAUGCUAUUGAAUUUGUACGAUGUGCUUAUGUUAAAAAUAAACAUAAAGCAUGCCAAUUAAUUAUGCGAUCUACGAAUCUCUAUAAAGGUGUUACAUCUCUUCAAAUGGCUUUUGCUGCGGAUAAUAAAAGAUUUAUACAUGAAGAUGCUUGUCAAGCUUUGUUAACAAAUAUAUGGUAUGAUAGAGUUGAUCCUGUUCAAGAACAAAAACUUCUAGUUGUUAAUAUACUUACAUUUGGAAUUGCUCAAAUUUUUAUAUCGAUUUACCUAAAAUAUUUUUCCAAUAAUACUAAUGUGAAAUCCAAAAAUCAUAAUGUAACCAAUCAGGAACCUCCAAAACGGCAAUUGGAAAAAAAUGGUAUCGAUUAUACUGACGAUUAUGGUAUUGAUGAAAAAAUAUUUCGACAUUUUUUUCAUUUUCAUAAUCGACCCAUUACUAAAUAUUGCUAUACUUGUUUGGGUUAUAUUCUUUUCCUAACUUUCUUCAGUUAUUAUAUGCUCUUUGCAUUCCAUCCAUUAUCAAAAAAGAAUCCCAAUAUUCAUUGGACUGAAAUAUUGACUAUCAUUACUAUAACUACCAUGCUUUCUGAAGAAAUUCGACAGUUAUUAUCUCAAGACAAUCGAAAGCUCAUUGGCAAAAUUCGAUCAUAUUUUGAUUUGAAUAAUCGAAUAUCAAAUUUGUUUCUGGUUCUACCACAAUAUCUUCUAUUCUAUACUGGCCUUGUACUUCGUUUUACACAAAAAACUCCUGAGAGUUUUGUAUCUGCACGAAUAGUAAUGGCUUUAGAUUUAGAAUUAUCGUUUAUUCGUUCGAUUUUAUUUAUUGGUAUAGUUGCAGAUAUUGGUCCUAAAAUUGUGAUGAUUCGAAAAAUGACUAAUGAUCUUUUUUUAUUCAUUAUCAUCAUCGUUAUAUUUAUUUUCGGCUAUGGAGUUGCAUCAAGAUCCAUGACAGCAUAUGGUACUAUUGAGUUCAAUGGCCGAAAUAUUUUACGUGAUAUAAUCUAUCCUGUUUAUUAUUUUGUUCAUGGUAGCUUCGAUAAUGAACGUACACAGUUGGAAGCUGUACCGGACACAAGUACGACUAUAGCUACACAAGUUAUAUUCGCUUUUCAUAUGCUUUUUGUUAAUAUACUAUUGAUUAACUUACUGAUUGCUUUAUUCAGUUUUACAAUAAAUGAUAUUCAAACACAAGCACAUUAUGUUUGGGCUUACGAUCGUUGUGAGAUUAUUCGUAUUUAUCAUGCUCGACCAGCAUUGUUUCCUCCAUUUACAUUUCUUAUCUCAAUUGUGCGACUUUUUCGAUGGUGUUGGAGAAAACUAAACAAAGAUCAUUAUGCGAAUAGAAUGUUCGAUGAAGAGCAUUCUCAUUGUUUCAAAAUGAUUCCAUUUAAUGAUGCUGUUGAUGAGGCAUGGUCAGAAUUCGAACGAUAUUCAACCAAUGGUUACAUUCGACAGUUGCUCGAUGAUCAAACAACUGCACUUAUCAAAGGAACGACUAUAGAUGUUACGUCUGAAUCUUCAACAAGCGAUGCUGAUGAAUUAAAACGUAUCAAAACUCUCGUAAUUGAUAUUCAAAAGAAUUUAGAAGAAUUCCAAACAAAAAAUAACGAGAAAUUAGAGUCGAUGAAAUCUACUAUCACUGAUCUUCAUACACGAUUUGUUCAAGUAGAAGCUCGUGACCGAUUAAUCAGCGAUGUGAAAAUACCAGAAGCAAUGAAUUGGGUGAUGAUGGCAAUGAAAAAUGCAAAAAUGAGCGAAUCAGAGCCUCCUCUCAUUAGAGAGGCAUCAAGAACUAAUUCAAUCAGUCAAAAACAAGUGACUGAUACGACCCAUCAUCGAUCUAAUCAACAAUUGAAUAAAGAAUAUACAACAACAACAACAGGACAGUCAUUUUUAUGGCCAGAGCAUUCAAUAAAACCUGAAAUUCGUAUUGAAAUGACUUUUCCACCAAGAGAUGCUAAUAAUGUUUAG